AGCACAGUGGAAAUGCUCACAAAAUACAGCCCAACUUGGACAAGAAGAGUCCUGAUGCUCAGCAUCCUCUGGAUCUCUGCACACCUGCCUCUCCGAAGUGUCUCCCUGCCCCAGCGCCUCCCAAGGGCCACAGGAAAUAGCACCCAGUGUGCUGUUUCUCCAGCAGCAGAAUUUCCAGAAGGGUUUUUCACAAAGCAGGAGAGUGCAGAUGGAGGCAUCAUAAUCUACUUCCUAAUUAUUCUGUACAUGUUCAUGGCUGUGUCUAUCGUCUGUGACAAGUACUUCCUGCCCUCCCUGGAAAUCAUCAGCGAAUCCCUUGGACUGUCUCAGGAUGUUGCAGGUGCAACUUUCAUGGCAGCAGGUAGCUCCGCUCCUGAAUUAGUUACUGCCUUCUUGGGUGUAUUUGUCACAAAGGGAGAUAUUGGCAUCAGCACCAUUCUAGGCUCUGCAAUUUAUAAUCUCCUUGGUAUCUGUGCAGCUUGUGGCUUGCUAUCUAAUGUGGUUUCAACACUAUCAUGUUGGCCCCUAUUCAGAGACUGUGCAGCAUAUGCAAUUAGUGUAGGAGCAGUUUUUGGCAUAAUAUUUGACAACCAAGUUUACUGGUAUGAAGGAACUUUACUACUUCUGAUAUAUGGAUUGUAUGUUUUGCUGCUAUGUUUCGACGUUAAAAUCAACCAAUAUGUUACAAAGAAAUGCAGUCCCUUCUGCCCCUGCCUUGCCAGAGCUAUGGAGGACAGACGUGAGCAGCAGACACUGCUGGCAUGGGAAGAUGAGAGCCAGCUGUUCACUCGUCAGCAAUCAAGGACAGACAGUGGGAUAUUUCAUGAAGAUUCUGGUUUCUCACAGCUUUCUAUAAGUUUACAUGGUCUUAGUCAGGUUUCUGAAGAUCCACCAAGUGUUUUCAACAUCCCUGAAGCAGACUUAAAAAGAAUUAUUUGGGUACUAUCUCUUCCUGUUAUUACAUUACUUUUUCUAACAACACCGGAUUGCAGAAGAAAGUUUUGGAAAAACUACUUUGUGAUAACCUUUUUCAUAUCUGCACUAUGGAUAUCUGCAUUCACAUACAUCCUGGUUUGGAUGGUCACAAUAACUGGGGAAACACUAGGAAUCCCAGACACAGUAAUGGGCCUUACUUUAUUGGCAGCAGGUACAAGCAUACCAGACACAAUCGCAAGUGUGUUAGUUGCAAGAAAAGGUAAAGGAGACAUGGCUAUAUCGAACAUCGUGGGAUCCAAUGUGUUUGAUAUGCUAUGCCUAGGUCUGCCAUGGUUUAUUAAAACUGCAUUUACAAAUGCAUCAGCUCCUGUAGAAGUGAAUAGCAAGGGACUCACUUACAUAACCAUCUUCCUAAACAUUUCAAUUAUUUUUCUGUUUUCAGCAGUUCAUUUUAAUGGCUGGAAACUAGACAGAAAGUUGGGAGUAGCCUGCCUAUUGCUAUACUUGGGACUUGCUACAGUGUCCGUUCUAUAUGAACUCGGAAUUAUUGGAACUAAUAGAAUAAAGGGCUGUGGAGUUUGAUAUUUUUAAUAAUGUUACCUGGAAAACAUGAAUGGUAGAGGA